UCCCCUUGAAUCUCCCCUCCCUGCCCUCGCUCUCUCGCUCGCCCUCAGCGCGGCCCCCGCCAUGACGGAGGCGGGUGCCGGUGCCGUUGCCGUUGCCGCCGCUGCCGUCGCAGGGGGGGAGUCGGGUUCCCAGAAAGUAGCUUGAUGAGUGUCCAAAGUAGCAGUGGAAGUUUGGAGGGGCCGCCAUCUUGGUCCCAGCUCUCCACGUCUCCAACCCCGGGCUCGGCGACGGCGGCCAGGUCCCUGCUGAAUCACACGCCGCCAUCCGGGAGGCCCAGGGAAGGUGCAAUGGAUGAGCUUCAUAGUCUGGAUCCAAGAAGGCAAGAAUUAUUGGAAGCUAGAUUUACAGGAGUUGCAAGUGGGAGCACUGGGAGCACGGGCAGUUGCAGUGUUGGAGCUAAAGCCUCAACAAAUAAUGAAAGCUCUAAUCACAGUUUUGGAAGCUUGGGAUCUUUGAGUGACAAAGAAUCAGAGACACCAGAGAAGAAACAAUCGGAAUCAUCCAGAGGAAGAAAGAGAAAAGCAGAAAAUCAGAAUGAAAGUAGUCAGGGAAAAAGUAUUGGGGGACGUGGCCACAAAAUUAGCGACUAUUUUGAAUACCAAGGUGGAAAUGGCUCAAGUCCAGUAAGAGGCAUACCUCCUGCAAUCCGUUCUCCUCAGAAUUCACAUUCACAUUCCACUCCUUCCUCAUCUGUUCGACCGAAUAGCCCUUCUCCUACUGCAUUAGUUUUUGGGGACCACCCUAUUGUACAACCAAAGCAGUUAUCCUUUAAAAUUACUCAGACUGACCUUACAAUGCUGAAAUUAGCAGCAUUAGAAAGUAAUAAAAACCAGGACCUGGAAAAAAAGGAAGGUCGUAUAGAUGACUUGCUCAGGGCUAAUUGUGAUCUCAGACGGCAGAUAGAUGAACAACAAAAAUUACUUGAAAAAUACAAAGAACGAUUAAAUAAGUGCAUAUCAAUGAGCAAGAAACUACUUAUCGAAAAGAGUACACAAGAAAAACUGUCAAGCAGAGAGAAGAGUAUGCAAGACAGAUUACGCCUUGGGCAUUUCACGACCGUUAGACAUGGUGCUUCAUUUACUGAACAAUGGACAGAUGGUUUUGCAUUUCAGAAUCUUGUAAAGCAACAAGAGUGGGUGAAUCAGCAAAGGGAAGAUAUUGAAAGGCAAAGGAAACUUCUAGCCAAACGCAAACCUCCCACAGCUAAUAAUUCUCAGGCACCCUCUACCAAUUCUGAACCAAAACAAAGGAAAAACAAAGCAGUCAAUGGAGCAGAAAAUGAUCCCUUUGUUAGACCAAAUUUACCACAACUGUUGACUUUGGCAGAAUAUCAUGAACAGGAAGAAAUUUUCAAACUUAGACUAGGACAUCUCAAAAAGGAAGAGGCAGAAAUCCAGGCAGAACUUGAACGUUUGGAAAGAGUCAGAAAUCUUCACAUUCGAGAGCUCAAAAGAAUAAAUAAUGAAGAUAAUUCACAGUUCAAAGAUCACCCAACGUUAAAUGAAAGAUAUUUAUUACUCCAUCUGCUUGGUAGAGGUGGCUUUAGUGAAGUGUAUAAGGCUUUUGACCUUUAUGAACAAAGAUAUGCUGCUGUGAAGAUCCAUCAGCUUAAUAAAAGCUGGAGGGAUGAGAAGAAGGAAAACUACCACAAACAUGCCUGCAGAGAGUAUAGAAUACACAAAGAACUGGAUCACCCCAGAAUAGUUAAACUCUAUGAUUAUUUCUCCUUGGAUACAGAUACGUUUUGUACAGUGUUAGAAUACUGUGAAGGCAAUGACUUGGAUUUCUAUCUGAAGCAACAUAAAUUAAUGUCAGAGAAAGAAGCUAGGUCUAUUGUAAUGCAGAUUGUAAAUGCACUAAGAUAUCUCAAUGAAAUCAAACCCCCUAUUAUACAUUAUGAUCUUAAACCAGGAAACAUCCUUCUGGUAGAUGGAACAGCAUGUGGGGAAAUCAAAAUAACUGAUUUUGGUCUGUCCAAGAUUAUGGAUGAUGACAGCUAUGGUGUAGAUGGAAUGGAUCUAACUUCCCAAGGGGCAGGCACUUACUGGUAUUUACCUCCUGAGUGUUUUGUAGUUGGAAAGGAACCACCGAAGAUUUCCAACAAGGUUGAUGUGUGGUCAGUCGGAGUCAUCUUCUUUCAGUGUCUUUAUGGUAGAAAACCAUUUGGUCACAAUCAAUCUCAACAAGACAUUCUUCAAGAAAAUACAAUAUUAAAAGCCACAGAUGUCCAGUUCCCUGUAAAACCGGUUGUAAGCAGUGAAGCAAAGGCCUUUAUAAGACGCUGUUUGGCAUACCGAAAAGAAGAUAGGUUUGAUGUGCACCAACUGGCAAAUGACCCCUACCUUCUCCCACACAUGAGAAGAUCCAAUUCUUCAGGAAACUUACACAUGGUUGGGCUGACAGCAUCCCCUACACCCCCUUCCUCAAGCAUAAUUACUUACUGACUUUCCUCCAAAAUUGGCAUGAUGUCUUUGAAUUGCUUCCAGAUGCAUACUUGAGUUUGAGAGCUUUUGAGUGUUUUUGUUGUUUUCUUUUUUACACAGGAUAUGGUUGAGAACUGUUUGUGAACUGAAGUUCUUCAUAGCAUCGUUUGUAUGAGAGUGGCUCAUGGACAGUGAAUAAAUGUACACUUCUGACUGUAAUCUUGAGCAGUGAAGGGUGACUGCCUGUUGCACAGAAACAGGAAUACCAUGUUGUUAAGAUAAAAGAAAAAUGUUUUUUGGGGGGAACACUGUAAAUAACGUUUAUAAUACUUAAAUACAUUUGGUUGUUACUAGAGAGUUCUAAUAUGAAGGGUGGUUUUUCAUUAUUUAAAAACACAUGGAAAAAAUAUGAGACAUAUUUCUAACACAGGAACUAUCUAGUGCCUGGAUACAUUCUUCAGCAUUCAGCAGUUUAUCUGCUGCAACCAAAGUAAGAACUGAAUGACAGUGACAGUUGUGUUUUAUAGUAAUAGAAUGUGAGAGUUAAAAUCGUUGGACAAAGUUGUUAGACUUUUGUCAUUUGCCUAUUCUGGCUUUUACCAAGUUGUACCUCGAAAUCACAUGUCCGCUUUUUUCACUGGUCAUGUUAAAGGGAGAGCUAUUCCUAGAUACAUUACACCUUUGACAAAGUGAGCUGCUUGUUUUGAAAUCAGUUGAACUCACUAAAUUAUAGUAUCUCCAGUGUUCUCAACAUGUUAGAAUUGUGAACAGGUAUUUUUCUUUUGUUACCAGGCCUUGUUCAUUCAAACAAGUGACAAUACGUAACCAAAUGCAGACCAGUUCUAUGCAGGAUAAUGAUAAAUUCCCUUCUAGCUCUAUUGUAAAUUGUGUACAGAUGUCGUAUUUCAAUUACCAAGUUUCAGCAGCUUAUUCUUGUACAGAUGUUUAAAAAUAUGGCUUUUCUAAUUGGAUAUUGUAUUUUUUUUAAGUCUUCUUGAAGGCGCUUUAAUUGCUGCUAAAUGAUGUUGCUUCUUUGCUAAAAAAAUCAAAUGACCUCCUUAAAGGUGCAAGUUGACUGUACAUUAUAGAGAGAUUAUUAAAAGCAGGCAUUUAUUAACAAUCAAGGCAUGUAAAAAUGAUCCGUGUUGGACAUAAAGAGCUCUCGAAAUCAGUUUCUUGGUUUCUAGGGCUGUGGAGCACAUAUAUACUAGAUUUAUAAAUUGUUCAUGGUAAUUCUACAUUUCUAGAAGGUUCUUAUCAGCAAGGUGGGAUGAUGGUCCCUCAAACGAGUUUCUUGUGGUUUGUACAGAUUUGUUAAAAUGUGAACAUUUUCUAACUGCCUUGUAUGGUAGAAACCAUUAUUUUUCAGGAUGCUGUAUUUCACUCCUCUAAGAAAUUUCUUUAUCAUCACAUUCAUAAUGCUGAUACUUACAUGUAAAUUGUCCAUGUUGCUGAAAAAGGAGGCUAUGCUUACCACAGAUUCCCCUUAAUAUUGUACAGUUAAACCAUGGCUCUUUGUUCUUUCAUUGUACAUAGACACAUUGUCUCUUUAAGAUGCUGCUGAAAUUGUAGAGAAUGUAGCCAAAACAGUAAUAAACAAUGACAGUUAAAAUUUAAA